UCGAGCAGAUGACAGUGGUAGAGAGCGGCAGGAAAUACGCGCUCUUGUACAGAUGCCUCGCGGGAAUGAACAUAAUUCGUCCAUUUACAGUAGUCAAUUCCGGAUGCCAGUCUGAAAAUGAAUUAAGGUGAAUGUUUCAAAAGAAAGCUGUUAUGUCUGUUACAAGGGUCAUAUUUGUCAUAGCUUGGACAGUGAUAGUCGUUUGAGAAGUAACCGAAUGACAGCUACAAAGCGAAGAGCUCACAGUGGCUUAUAUUAGAUUUCCCUCACGGUGGCCGUAUCUGUAAACUGUUAGUGUUGCUAAGCAAUAGUGCUUGGAACCGUCUCUUCUUCUGGUCCUUUUGCACCACCUGGAAAGUGUCUGAGUUACCUGGGAAAACAGUGCUGAGCAAACACAAGGAUGAUUACCACCACCACAGUUACAUGCAUGGAGAAGACAGUCCAGGCCAGGAACGGAACAAACCCAUAGGCAUAGAUCCUAAUGCUUACUGAGAUAAGGUGCCGUAGUGUCCUGUCCUGAGGCUCAGUCAGCUGCUGAGGUUAAGCAUCAAUGAAUGCCACCUCAGGCCUUUGAUACAGAGAAAUUCCAUGAUCCAUCUCCUGUCGUCUGUGAGAGGCUGAAAUCAUUAGAUUUCCCUGUGCCGCCGUGAGGCCAGGCAGUAGGGAAAAUGAUGAGUAAGAAUGACGGAGAAAAGUGAACUGUCACCCUGUAAAUCCCUCAGCCUGGAAACAUACUGGGAAAACCGCCUUAGUUGUUCAUUCAAAGAAUUGGGACAUUUCUAUUUUCUCUCUCAUUUCAGCAUUUUGCAUUUUAAAUGACAGUUUAAGUCACAGAGCCCUUUGGACUUUUCUGCUGCUGUGUCUGAAGGAUGCCCUACUGGGAUCGGAGUUCAAGCUGGGGGUGUAAUUGAAAACGGAAUGCUUUUGAGGCCAAGCCAUGUUCAUUGUAUUUUAGUUUACCCACCCCCUUAUCUCAGCUGUGAAGAGGGACGAUUCUCUUAUAAGUUACCCGAAACCACAGAGACAGUGGUGGGGAAAAAGGGUGGGAUAGAGUGAAAGGAGGAAAAGGAGGGGUGAGAGGAACAGUGAGCAGAGUGUGAGGUAGAGAGCGUACACAAAACCCAGACACUGGGUGACUCCUGUAACCAAGGACGAAGGUAGCAACGCAUCACAACGCCACUCUCGCCCACUGGACAUUCUAAAGAAAGGAGAAGCGAACACUCAGACUCAGAUAGUCAGCAGUCUCCCAUUAUUCAGUCCUGAGCCCCUGGGGUUGGAGUGGCUGCCCUGGAGGGCUGAAGUCUUGACACAUCCAGAGUGGACUGCACGGAACACAAGCCUGAUGUGGGUGGAUUGAGUUCGAUCCUCUUUCAGAGUUGACUGUUUCAGUGGUAUAAUUGUAUUUCUUUCCUCUACUGGCCCAUAUUUGCAUCUGUUUGACCAGCGAGGUCUGGACUGAGAGGGUUGUUCAGUUAGUGGGUGUCAAGGUGGAGCAGGAGGAGGCGUGGAGGAGUAACUCAAGGCAGUAAGGAGAAAGGUACAGACCAUGGGCAAAUCAAACAGCAAGCUCAAGCAGGAGGUGGUGGAGGAACUGACCAGGAAGACCUACUUUACAGAGAAAGAGGUGCAACAGUGGUACAAAGGCUUUAUAAAGGACUGUCCAAGUGGUCAGCUGGAUGCGGUGGGCUUUCAGAACAUCUACAAGCAGUUCUUCCCUUUUGGUGACCCCACCAAGUUUGCUUCUUUUGUCUUCAACGUCUUUGAUGAAAACAAGGAUGGACGCAUAGAGUUCUCUGAGUUCAUCCAGGCCCUGUCGGUGACCUCUCGGGGGACGCUGGACGAGAAGCUCAGAUGGGCUUUCAAAUUGUAUGAUCUUGAUAACGAUGGCUACAUCACACGAGACGAGAUGUUAAACAUCGUAGAUGCCAUAUAUCUGAUGGUGGGGAACACUGUAGAGUUACCAGAAGAAGAGAAUACACCUGAGAAGAGAGUGGACCGUAUUUUUGCCAUGAUGGACAAGAAUGCUGAUGGCAAGUUGACCCUGCAGGAGUUUCAGGAGGGUUCCAAGGCAGACCCCUCCAUUGUGCAGGCACUGUCACUGUACGAUGGGCUGGUAUAAGGCAUGAAGUGUUAGAUUCCCAAGUGAAUCUAACACAGUGCCAUCACACCUGCUAUGAGAAGAAGCAUCUACAAACAUCAACAUCCCUCCAUGCACCAUCCAGAAGGAGACGUGGGAGGGUGAGGAGGCGGGCACAGACUUGUGUAAUACUGUCCUCAAUUGCACAUAUUCAUCUCCACUAAGCAUUGAAAACAACUCGGAGCCCUCUGAUAUUACAACAUGUAAAAUAAAACAAGGGCAAGAGGGUAAGAGACACUGAACGUAACAUGCGAGGAAGGAAUUUGUUGAUGGUAUAUGUCUGUGGACUUCAUUCAAGAACUCAAACAAGGGAUGGACA